CACACUCGCAUCAACAAGAUGCUGUCGACAGCGCUAAUGAGGGCAAAGCAGACGGAACGACAAUUGGAAGACAAGUACAGAAAGAUAACACAAAAAGAAGAAAUCCUGUCCGAAGAUGGCCAAAAGAUAAUCCCAAGGUACUUCGGCCUCAAAUCCAAACACAACACCAACUACCUCCGCUACAUCAACGAAGACGACGACCGAGUCGGCGGGUUCCUCCACUUCUCCGGCCAGAGAAUGAUCAGCCCGUAUACCAAAUUUGAGGUCGAACACUCUAACCUCGGAAAGGGGUACGUGCACGUAAGAUGCUGUUUCAACAACAAAUACUGGGUUCGCGAGUCUUCAAAAUCAAACUACAUCGUCGCAGCUGCCAACGAGGCACACGACGACCUCUCGAAAUGGUCGUGCACGUUGUUGGAGCCGAUCUACGACGACCAUCAGAAGGCAUAUCGUUUUCGCCACGUUCAGCUUGAUGCUAUCGUUUAUCUAUCUCACUCUAAUGACCAAUACAACGAUUGUCUUGUGGCAAAAGCCAAGCGGAAUGUUAGUGUUAUCCCAAUAAUUGUCAACGUGCAAGCAAAGGCUGAUGAUGAUAUUUAUGCACUCUCAACCAUCGUUGAUUGGGACUCCAUCUUUAUACUUCCAAAACAUGUGGCCUUCAAGGGAGAUAAUGGCCAAUAUUUGAGCUUUUCAAGUCCCUAUUUGAAGUUUUCAAGCUCGAGUAUUACAGACUCAUCAGUUGUGCAGGAGAUCUUUCCUACCAAAGAUGGUAAUAUUCGUAUAAAGAAUGACGAAUCGGGUAGGUUUUGGUAUCGUGAUCCUAAUUGGAUAUGGGCGACGUCGACCAACGGCAAGAGCAACAAUCCCAAUAACUUGUUUUGGCCUGCCAAAAUCGACGACGAAACUCUGGCUCUUCGCAAUUUAGGUAAUAAUCAUUUCUGCGUGAGAUUGUCCGUCGAAGGGAAGACAGAUUGUCUCAAUUCUGCUGGAGUUCGUAUUACCGAUGAAGCACUCUUGAAAGCUGCAGAGGCUGUAAUUUCAAAGACCAUCGAUAACGUGGAGUAUCGACUUAACGAUGCUAGGAUUUACGGUCAAAAGGUGGUAUCGAUGGCGAAGGGAGAUGCUGUAAACAAAACUAAAGAAACUGACACAGUAACUUUUAAAUUCACGUACGAGGAAAAAAAGAAGAAAAAUUGGAGUUCCUCAGUCUCAUCAAAGAUUGGUGUGAGUGUGAGUUCAAAAUUUCAAGUCGGGAUUCCUCAUGUUGGAGAAGGGAAGAUUGAAGUUUUAGCUGAGAUGGGAGCUGAAUAUGAAUGGGGAGUAACCCAUAAGGACAAAAAUGUGAGGGAAUUUACUUACCCUGUAACUGUGCCUCCAAUGUCAAGAGUGAAGAUUAAUGCUGUCAUAAAGCAAGGCAUCUGCCAAGUUCCUUUCUCGUACCGUCGAACCGAUGUUCUUAGGACUGGACGACAAGUCGUUCAUCAUUUAAAUGACGGACUUUUUACUGGUGUAAACUCCUAUGACUUCGAGUUCAAGUCUGAAACUGCAGCAAUCGCGUCGUAAAAUUACUCGAGGGACUGGAACAAUGUGGUUAACGAUUUUAUAUCGUUUUUACUUCAUACGACUAUUACGGAGCAGCCAUAUUGUGACAGUCAGCUUGAGUAAUCUUCUGUGAAAAGAGUAACUAUCCAUGUUGUUUGGAGUGAAUCCAGCGUUGAAUUUCAGUUUCUAGUUAAGGUUUUUUGCUGUCAUUAAGAAUAAUGGUUGGAACCCAGCUUGUGUAGUUGUACGUUUGGUGUUUAUUUACUUUUCAAGUGUAA